AUGUCGAAUUCUAGUGUUAUUGAUGGUGAUUUGUAUUCUUCUAUUAGUGAGAGUGAAGAAGAAGAUGUUGAGAACUCAUUUUUUGAAGGUGGUGAAUCUUCAAGUUCAGUACAUGAUGCACAAUAUUGUGAUGAUAUAAUUGGAGAACAUGUCUAUAAGCCAGAUGUACCUGUUCAAAUUAUUCCAUUUAAGGGUUUAAUCUUCAAAUCCUUAAAGUUGGCUAUCAAAAUGUAUUCUGAGUAUGCUGAAAUUGGUGGUUUUGAUGUUAGACUGAGCACACAGUCAAGGUUUGAUAACAAGAUUAUAAAGAAGAAACAUGUUAUAUGUAAUCGUGGUGGUAAACAGAAAAAGAAAUCUUGUGACACAUUAGGUACAAGUGGUGUUAGGAGGAAACGAAAUUCAAAUUCAAGAGCUAUUGGUUGUCAAGCAAAGAUUAUAUUUGAAUUUGUGUAUGGAACUCCAGAUUAUAAAAUUUUUCAGUUUGAUGAACUUCACAACCAUCCACUUGAGAAGAUAAUCGAUUUAAAAAAAAGCGAGACAAAUGUCAUAUUCAGAAAAAGAGUUUAUUGUGCAUGCUUCCACAUCAAAAAUAGGUCCAACUAUGGCUCAUAUGUUGAGGGCAAGUUUGAGAGGAGAUAUAUCAACAAGGUUAUUGGUUAUAAAGAUGCUCAAAUGAUAGUAAACACAAUGAAUGACCGUCGAGCUCACUAUCCAAAUUACUCAUUUGAUUUUAAUUGUGAAGAUGAUGUUUUGGACUGUAUGUUUUGGGCUGAUGAAAUAGAGAAGGCAUAUUAUGCUGAAUUUGGUGAUGUUAUCUCGUUUGAUGCGACUUUCCGAACAAACAAGUAUCGAAUGGUUUUUGUUCCGUUUACUGCUAUUGACCAUCAUAACAAAUCGGUUAUUGUUGGAUAUGAGUUGCUAAGCAAUGAAAGCAUUGAGUCUUACUCUUGGUUGCUUAAAACAUUUCUUAAAACUCAUGGGAAAGAACCAACACUUGUUUUAACUGAUCAAGAUGCUGCAAUAAAACAAGUUGUUAAGAAUAUAUCAGGUGAUUUAUUUACGAGCACGGACUUUAGAAAAAGGUUUUCGAAGCUUGUUUGGGACAUUAAUAUGAAACCUGAUGUUUUUGAGGUGAAGUGGGGUUUGCUUAUGAAGGAAUUCAAUCUUGAUAUUCCAAUGCGUGGUUUGAUGAAGACUACAUCGAGGUCAGAGAGUAUGAAUUCAUUCUUUAAUACAUACUCAGAAAGUGGGAACUUACUUUUGAAUUUCAUGAUGAAUUACGACACUGCCAUUCAAAAGCAAAUGAAUACUCAACGAGAGCUUGAUAAGGCAUCAAAGAAAGCAUCAUAUAAAAUGCAAACACCUCGAGAACUAGAACUGCAAGCAUUAAAGGUUUAUACAAAUGGUUGGGAAGUUUACAUUGUGCAACACAACAACAGUAAAAGUGAUUUUAAAACUGAAUUUAAGGUUGAAAUAAAAGCUGAAGAGAAAGAAAUAAAUUGUAGUUGUGAACAUUUUAAGCAUAUGGGUGUUUUAUGCAGACAUGCUUUUACAAUAAUGAUGAGAUGUGGUGUUAAAGAAAUUCCUGAAAGGUACAUUUUGAAGAGAUGGAGAAAGGAUGUGAUAUCAAGAAGUUAUCGUUUUAAUUCUGUUCAAUCCGAUUCAGGUGAUUGUGAGAAUGUAAAGCUAGUCAAUAAUUCAUAUUAUAGUUUUGAACCAUGUUUGGAUAUUGUAAGAGAUGACAAAAAGAAAUUGGCUUUGUUUGCUGAGAAACAACAAAUGUUGUUGAAGGAAUUUGAGAGUGAUUAUAUUUCUCCUGGAUUGAAAAGCAUGACCGAUGGUGAAGUCGUAUGCAAGCUUUUGGGUGUUACUAUUCCUAUUCCAGAAGAGAUUAAUAUUCAUGUUCCUGAAGUUCAAAGCAAUAAAGGUUCUGGAAUCAAGAAAAGAAUUCCAAGUGCAGGUGAAGUAGCAUAUGAAAAUUCUAAAAAAGAACAUAGAAUGUGUUCAGGAUGUGGAAAACGAGUUCCACACAAUUUACGUACUUGUCCAGAAAGAGUUGGAGCUGCUAAAUCAACAAAAGAUAGUUAG